CUGAUAUUCAGUGCGCCCAUGGAUAAUUUGAGUGAUGCACUGUUGACAUCCUUCAUCCGGGUCCCUGCGUUUCCCUUCUGCUAAGCAGCGCUGACUACACAGUCUGUAGGAUGACAUCACGGGGCAUAGGAAUGGCGGCUGUGACUGAUGAUGGAGGAAGGAGUCAAGAGACCCUGAAACUUUAUUCUAACGUCGCUUAGAGAGAAUUCUGCUUCCAAGAGGUGUAGAAACGUUGUUCGACCAUAGCAUAGAUCCAGAAAAGAAGUGUUGCCAGAUCCACGGUUCGAUUUAGACGUCCAGACCUGAGAGUGCACUACUGUUGACUUUUUUGAGGCUAGUUUUCUAGCUAGCUUGGCUGGCUUGUGUGGAUUGACGAUUGCCACAGCCUGUAGCUAGCUCGGCUAGCAUUUGUUUGCAGGCCAAUUCUCUCUAGGUUCUUUUUAUUUGGCCUAACAAAGACUUGAAAUAGCUCCAGCGUGUACAACAAGUUUAUUGCUUAAUCAUAUUGCAAUUUGGCUGUUUAGGUCAUUUUUGCUAGCCAGCAGGAAGCUAAGCUAACCAGAAUCGUCUGUCCCCUCUCGCCCUUUUUCGGGGAUCAGUUCUCGCAAGUAACGUUAACUAGGACUCAACAGCCAGUUGUCUGCGUACUGGGAACCUUUUAUGCCAUAAUGGAAAGUCUUACUCUAAGCGACGUGGAACAGAAAUACUACUCUGACCUGUUCGUUUUUUGCGACACGGACAACACCAAGAAAGUGGCUUCGAACGGGAGAGUUCUUGACCUUUUCCGGGCGGCCCAGCUUCCCAGCGAGGUGGUAUUGCAGAUCACAGAACUGUGUGGUGCCACCAGACUUGGCCACUUUGGACGGAGCCAGUUCUACAUAGCCCUGAAACUCAUCGCCAUAGCCCAGUCUGGGCUGCCUCUGCGCGUCGAGAGCCUGAACUCCGUGAAGGACCUGCCUCUGCCCAGAUUCCUGGUGGGGAAGAACGAGCAGGAGACCAGGCACCAGGCCCUCUACCCGGACUCUGAUAACCAGGGGCCUUACCCCGGGGUCAUCCCCAGACCCCCUGGACGUGGCCAGGCCAAGAAGAUUACCACCGCCCCCCACGAGGUCAUCCAGCCCUGUGGGCCGAGCUUAGAACCACAGCCUGACUCCACCUCUCCGGUGGUGUCCCCCCACCAGUCCCCCCCCACCUCACCCCCCUCCUGGAGGAAGCAGCACAAACGGCAGGCCAGCGGGGGGAACGCGGACAGACAGCCUGUUGUCACCGGGGCGCUGUGGACGCCUUUCAGAGAAGCACAGUCAGGACCAGUGUCAGCUGAUGGGAUGUGGUUGGCCCACUCCCCCCCACCUGUUCAAGAAAGCUGGGAGAGCUCGUCGACCAGGUCGGUGGCCUCAGCUGCGACCACCAAUGAGAUCCAAAGACAGUCGAGUAGCUAUGACGACCCCUGGCGAAUCACGGACGAGCAGAGGCAGUAUUACAUCAACCAAUUCAAAACCAUCCAGCCAGACCUCAAUGGCUUUAUACCUGGUUCCGCAGCGAAAGAGUUCUUCACCAAAUCCAAGCUCCCCAUCCUGGAGUUGUCCCACAUCUGGGAGCUGUCGGACUUUGACAAGGACGGGGCCCUGACACUGGAUGAGUUCUGCGCCGCCUUUCACCUGGUGGUGGCGAGGAAGAACGGCUACGACCUCCCAGAGAAGCUUCCGGAAAGCCUCAUGCCAAAGCUGAUAGACUUGGAUGACUCAGCAGAGGUCCCAGAGACGGCCCCUGACGUGGGUUACUCAGGGUCACCCGUGGAGGUGACCCCCAACAAGUCCCCCUCCAUGCCCUCCCUCAACCAGACCUGGCCCGAGAUGAACCAGAACAACGAGCAGUGGGAAACUUUUAGCGAGCGCUCGUCCAGCUCACAAACGCUGACCCAGUUUGACUCUAACAUUGCACCAGCGGACCCCGAUACAGCCAUCGUUCACCCUGUCCCCAUCAGGAUGACCCCCAGUAAGAUCCACAUGCAGGAGAUGGAGCUGAAGAGAACAGGAAGUGACCACACACACCCAACCAGCCCUCUGAUGGCGAAGCCCACGGAGCUGUCGGAGGACGCCAAGCUAGCCAGCUCCAUGAAGUUUGUACCGGCCAGCACGGGGAUGAUGUUGUCUCAUCCCGUCGGCGACUGCUACAGCAGUUCGGACUCCUUCACCUCGGACCAGGAGCCCAUCACGAGCGUGGUAACGAGACAACGGUCCCACUCGGGAGCGUCCCCCGAGAGUCUGAGGUGGUGGCCCCCCCCCCCGCCGCCCCCCCGGCCCCAGGCGUCCCACUCGCGCUCCUCCUCCCUGGACAUGAACCGCAGCUUCGCCGCCGUGGCCCCGCCCCCGGGGCCGCCCCAGCAGCAGGGCGGAGCCGUGGCCUACCCCCCCGCCGUGCCCCCCAGGCCUCUGAACACACAGACGUCGGGGCCCCACAGCCAUCGUUCGGACGAGGGUCUGUCCUCCCCACAGCAGAUCCCAGAGCAGCCCAACUUCGCAGACUUCAGCCAGUUCCAGGCCUUCGCCUCCUCCGAGCAGCCAGGCGCAGACACAGAUACGCACGCAGACACACACACACAGUCGGAGAAGCCGUCAGAGACAGCAGGGCCGCUGAGAUCCGUGAAGAGCAUAGAGGAGGAGAGAUCCACGGCCACCGUCAACUCCGCCAAGGGCUCGAGCGGCCCCCUGGCCCCUCCCCCCAAGCCGGUGAGGCGGAGGCUGAAGUCGGAGGACGAGCUAAGGCCGGAGGACGAGCCGCCCCAGAAGUCCACCACCAUCAUCACCGCCGUGCUCGCCACGCAAGCCUCCAUACCUAGGUCUGUGGGCAAGGAUAAGAAGGCCAUCCAAGCCUCGAUCAGGAGAAACAAGGAGACCAACACCGUGCUUGCCAGGCUCAACAGCGAACUACAACAGCAGCUUAAGGACUUGCUAGAAGAAAGGAUAUCUUUGGAGGUCCAACUGGAGCAGCUCAGACCUUUCUCACAUCUCUAACCAGUGUGUGUGUGUGUUUGUGUGUGUGUGUGUGCACGGAGGACGACUCCGUCAGUCGAAGAUACUAGAACUCUGAGGAAGGGGCCUUCUGCGCGGCACACACGCCCCAACAACUAACCCCGCCCCUUUGUUGUCUCUUCACCCCCUGAACUGUGCUCUACUCUGCCAUUGGCUGAUUGCUGGCACCACACACACACACGCAGAAGUCACCAGUCGCACCAGAGAGGGGUCGGGUGGGAAAUGUUACAUGUACUGGCACUUUUAUUUCUACCAGAGUAAACAAAGAUGAGCAGAUUCCGAAGUCGACGAGGCGCGCACACACACACACAUUGAACUGGAGUUCUAAGUAAGUCUUUCCCUGUUCACCAUGACAAGUAUUCAGAUAAUACAACGAGUGCCGUGUGUGUCCGUGCUAUCGUGUGUGUGUCCGAAUUCUGGUGGAGGGGGCUGUAGGUGAAGAUGAUGCCUAAUUCUGGAUGGCCCAUAGCUGAUAAUUGGAUCGUAUGGGUGACAGGAACUCCUUAAAUGUUACCUCCUGCUUACUGUCUACCCCACAAUGUAAAAGUGGACUUUGUGUGUUUGCGUGUACGUACAUGCGUGCGUGUGCAAAGUGGAUGUACCUAUGUGCACAGGCAACGGUUACAUAAACGGCAUGAGGCGAGGAGUGUAUGCAUUCUGUUUUCUACGUCAGCGACAUUUCUUUUCUUUUUGCAAUUUAGUUUGUCAUUUUGAAGUGCUGCGGCAGCCCGUCGAGUUCCAUUUCCACACUUCUAGAUCUUUUUUCUCUCGCUCUCUCUCUCGUGACGUAAACCCUGCCUUCUGUUGCCCUGAAACACCAGGGGGCGUGUUCAGAAGGCCCCGCCUUUAUUAAAAGAGGUUGAAAUCAGAGAGGCUUUCGAUCCUCCAAGUUCUCCUCACGUUCAUUCCGCAACGGUGUGCGGUGUUGAGCUCUCUUGAAUGCCCCCCUUCUCCCCGGCCCCUCCCUCAUGUCAUGCCCAGUUAUGGAAAUGUGACCCAUACAAUCCCACUGCACUUUGGCCCCCCUAACCUCUUUAACUGUCGUUCUGUCCUUGUCCAAACUCUUGACACCAUCUAAACCCGCAUGUCCUCCAUCCGAAAACUGCGCCUACAAUUAGAACCGAACCACUCAAUUUAUACCUGCAAAUCCUAAACAAAACAAGUGUGUUGGUACCUUAAUAAUUUGUGUGACUGUUUUCCGUUUUUCGUUGUGUUGUUUUUUCUUUGAACUUCCUGUUUUCGAAAUAACCUGUCCUCUAAAAGCCUUACUCCUUCCUGGCGUUCAGGUUGUCACGGUAACCUCCUUGUGUUGCACCAAGGCUAGCCUUCUUUUUCUGUUGUUCAGGACGAUGAUGAAGAUGUACUGUACGAGAGGAGUAUGUUGUAUAUUGUAUAUGAUACACACCUUUUGAUCUCAUGUGUAAAUUUGCAUUAAUUGCUGACUAACAGCAAAAAAUAUUAUAUUUAAUUGCUUCUAUUAUGGCUGUGGGAUCCUAGAUGUUAUACUGCAUGGAUGUAUCUCUGCAGAAUAAACUAGCAGCUGUGUGAUUUUUACACAAAAAUAAAAACGGCACAAUAUUUUAA